UUUAUCGAAAGUAUUGCUGUAGGGAUUUUUUUUUCUCUCGAGAAAGGAGAGAAGAAAGAGUGGAAUAAUGGAAAGAAAAUGAUCCUAAAUAAACCAUGAUUGCACAACAGCACAGUAGAUGGCGAUAUUCAUGCAGAAUGCAACUCGCCAAAAAAUAAAAGAAGAAGUAUUGUUAUUGGUUGUGAGAAUUAAUCGGCUAACCUAAACUUUAAUGUGCUGCUUUUAUUACAAUAAACAGUCAAUUUUAACUCGGACGCAACGGAUUUACUGACGUUUAUUUUGAAAUCGUACCAAUUGAAUAUGACCAAGACAAAUGAGGGAAAUUAAUGUUUCCCGUACAUAAACACAACACGGAAGUUUUUAUGCAUUUAUGAUAAAUGGCAGCUAUAGGGACGUGGUCUUUCUCUCGCCCUGCUGUAGAGAGAAUGAGAUGUAUGCUUUUAGCUGGACAAAAUGCCACAGAUGUUGUAGAAACAGCAAUGGCAGUGGUUGAAGAUGAUGUAGAAACAGGACGGCACAUUGUUGGCAGAGGAGGAUACCCAAAUUUCAAGGGAGUGGUUGAAUGUGAUGCUGCAAUUAUGGAAGGUGUGCCAGGAAGGUUUGGGGCAGUGGCUGCAUUGCAAGGUAUAGCACAGCCAUGUCGUGUAGCUCGCAAAGUGAUGGACAGGAGUCCUCACAGCUUGCUGGUUGGAGAGGGAGCAGAGGCCUUCGCUCAGGAACUAGGCUUUACAUCUGAACCCAAUGACAACAUGCUUUCUGAUCAUACAGCUGCUGCUUACCAGGACUUUCUUGAUAAGAAUAAAACUGUUAGCGGUGGGCAUGAUACAAUAGGCCUUAUAGCUCUUGAUCUAAGUGGUAACAUAACAGUAGGAGUUUCAACGUCAGGAGCUCCCUUCAAAUCACCAGGGCGGGUGGGAGAUUCUCCGCUUCCAGGCUGUGGUCUUUAUGCUGAUCAUACAGUGGGCGCUGCUGCAGCAACAGGUGAUGGAGACAAAAUCAUGUGCUACUGCCCAAGCUUUCAUGUUGUCCAACUGAUGAGACAAGUAUCUAAUUCUGGGUCAAAUCCUAAUGAAGCCUGUCGAGCUGUCCUUGAUGACAUACAGAGGAGAAUAGGUGGAGAUACAUGCUUUGAAAUUGGGCUUAUUUCUUUAAAUAUAAAGGGAGAGGUUGGAGCUGCAUCCUCUGUGGAAUUUCCAUACACAUUCUGGAAUCAAGGGAUGGAUUCAGUGGAGGAGCAAGUCAUUAACCAACCUUCCUCGAAUACAUCUCUAAACAAUUAAUUUCUACUCAUUAAAUGUCCACUCAGUAUUUUUUGUUUGUCAUCUUGGACUUACACUGACACCUAGUGGCAUGGAUACAGCAUCAUUUAAAAUCAACAGUUUAUAGUUACCAAUGCAGGGUGGUAACUGAGAUUAAGUGAUUAGUAUUCGGCUGGUCAUGUGAUGGCUCCCAUUAGGAGAGCCUCUCGAUGCAGAAAAUAAGGUCACUGAUAUGACUGGAGUCUUCAUCCCAUGUGAGUCAUCAUGAUUUUAUACAUAUGUUUCAAAAUUACUGUUUAUUUCUUUAGGAGGAAAACCUUUUUAAUGUGAAAUAAUUACUGCCUUUAGUACCAACAUGUUACCUUUAAACAUGGUAGGACCACGAUUUGUUUAACUUUGCAAUGCUUUAUAUAAUGAUACAUUGUUGAUCACUCUACACAAUAAAUCUAAAAAGCUGUAAUUUGACUCAGUCUCAUAUGUGACACAGACAUGAUCAGUGAUCACCAGUGACUCAAACUGGCAUUAGCCAAUGCCACGUUUCACAAAUUACGUAAUUCUUUACCCCUCUAGAUAGGGGGCAGGAUUGCGGUAGUCUUGACUGUGAACUCAUCGGGAAGGUUCUA